UUUGUAGUUUGCUGAUUGUUGAAGGCUCUCAGGUGACAUAUAGUUGCCUGAAUCAAAUUAUUUGGACUCUGUUUGGUAGUUGUCUAAUUGGUAAUCACAUAUCCCUGUUUUAUACAAAUGGCUGACCAUAUCACAGAAUUAAGAUUGAAAUGUUUAGAACGAGGAGCCAGUGGUAUACACGGCAUCAGCAGAACUUUCCGAAAUAUGGACGUCGAUCACAGUAAUUGGCUAAGUCUUAAAGAAUUCAGAGAUGGCAUAAAGGAGUUUGGUCUUAGCUUUCCCGAAAGUUCAGUAGAAGAGUUGUUUAGCUACAUUGACAAAGAUGGUCAACAUGGAAUUCUAUUCAACGAGUUCCUAGAAGCACUAAGGCCACCCAUGUCACAGACGAGGAUCUCGAUCAUCAAAGAAGCAUUUGCCAAGUUUGACAAAACUGGUGACGGGGUAAUUACUCUUGAAGAUUUAAAGGGUGUUUACAGUGUUAAACAUCACCCUAGAUAUAUAAAUGGAGAAAUGACAGAGGACCAAAUUCUCAGAUCAUUUCUUGAUGUGUUUGACCAAGGAGUAAAAGAUGGAACGGUGACCGAGGAAGAAUUUACAAACUACUACAGUGGAGUAGGAGCCAAUAUAGAUACAGAUGAAGAAUUUGUCAAAAUGAUGAAAACUGCAUGGAAAAUAUAGCAAAACCAGAAAUAUAAAUAUAGUUUUUUUAACUAACAAUAUCUGGGAUUUGUUACAACUACCACUUUGAUUCAUAUAAUCACAUGGUUUUAUUUGUAAAACAAUGGUUAGAUUUAAAAUAUUUAUAAUCCCCUUUUCCGAGAAGAAUUGUAUGCAACUCUUUCGGUUUGUUUGUCUGUCGUAGAUUACCAAAUAAAUGGUACAUUAGCAACAUUUUUAAUCGGACAAUACAUUGUGAAAUUAUGUUUUGAGUAUGAAAAGUUAAGUUUUAUCUUAAGUCGGUAACCUUUGUGACACAGAUUCGUAUAUUGGUAAACUAUUAUAUCUUUUUUGCACAAUGAAUUUACAAAACUUUGUACUGGCGUAUGCAUAACUAUAGUAGGUGUCAAAGAUGAUCAUAAGUUAGUAAGAAAUGUCUUUUUGAAAUGCCAAAUUAAAAAAUAUUUCUGAGUGAAUCGUGUAUGUCAAUAAUGUAAACGGUACUGCUUUUUCUCCACAAGAUGCGCAUUUCCACAAUCAAUGUCUUUUCAGUAAUGCUGGAGGCCAAACUAUUUGGAAAUAUAAAGCUUAUUAAAAGGACGAAGAGAUUAUAAAUGACGAAUAAAAAAUGAUUGUGGUAUCCUUUUAUUAACAUGUUAUUUUAUGUUUCAGUUAUUUGAUCAAAUGUAGGUAUCCUGGUGUUUUUUCUAUAAAUAUUUCAUCAGAUUAAUUUUUUGUGUACACUGUAUAUCAUGUUGUAGAUUGAAACAGAUUUUAUAA